GCCUUAGUUGACAUGCGCGUGCACACUUUUGAUUUCAAGUUUCCCCGUUUGUUAUUUAGGCAGUAUAUGUAUCCCCGUGUAAAUGAAGGCAACGAAAUCUCUCACAUAUGCAGUCAGAGACACACUAGUUUCUCCAACUCUUCUACUUCGAAGUCGUUCGAACCCGUCACCCUGUCUUUGCAAAUGUGGGUCGUGUUCUCAUGAAGACAUUUAUGUCAAUGUUUUACCUGAUGUUUUGUUCACUACUAAGCCUGCGAAGCUAACAGCUGCUAUCAAUAAGUUACUUGAGCGAAUAUGUGAGCAAGGGGAUAAAUCAGUGCACUACACACAUAACAGGAUGGGUAAAAUAAUAUCUAAUGUAACUAGCGACGAACAGUGUUGGUGGAAAGACAUGUUUUCGGUACAAGGUAAAAUGACACCUUUGGUGUCACCUUUUGUACGCGUUCUAAAUGUUUUGAUUAAUUUUGAAGACUUUUACACUAAAAGCCAAACAUACGAUCUCACUGAGAUAAUCAAUAUGUGCCGAUCGUGUGAUCAUAAAGAUAAACCAAAUUAUAAAGCCAGUCGUUUAAAGUUUUCAGUUGGGCUUUGCUCGUAUCUCAGUAGUGUUGAUAUGUUUUACUGGUCUCCUGGUUCACGGGAAAUCGCCUUCGAAAUUGCUUUAGCUUGGGGAAAAUUACUAUCAGAUCGAUAUGCAAAUGAAGAAGCUGGUGUACAAGGUACUUGUCGCAGUAAUUUAGCACCACAAUCAUUCGGUGUAAUUGAAAAUUGGGUUGAAUACUUAUCUAUGGGUAAAUUGAGUUCGAAAGCUUCAAGAUUCAUUCAAAUAGAACCAGAACAACCUAUUUUCUCUGAAGAGACUAAUUCACCACUUGAUGCUACCAGCAAUCCUGCAUUAUAUACAACAAAAGAAAUUGUCAUUGUAAAAGAUCCUGAAACAGAUGAUUCGAAUGAUCAUACCAAUCACAAUAUCAGACAUAAGUCAAUAACAUUAAUUAUAAAUACAGGUGAAUCCUUGUCAACUGAAAAACAAUCAGCCAUGCUGAAUACAAAUCGUGAAUUGUAUACACUCAACGAAGUAUGGAGAUCCGUUGUGGAUAAACGGAUAAAAUCUCCGACUACUAUUGUCUAUCAACUUGAUAAUGAAUCCCUCGAUCAGGUUAUUGAAGCCUUGAAUAAAUUCUGGGGAAAUCAUAAAUGUACAAUAUGCUGUGAAGCUGUUCACCAUCACCAUUGAACUCUGUGCAUUGAUGAAUGUGUGUAAUCUUUGUUUAAUUCCCAAUAAUUAAUGACAGAGUCAUCACCAAAGAAAGAUGGAUGUUUACUAUUCUUCUUUUUUAUAACAAAAUAGCUUAGUUUAUAUUUUUAUUUUUAUAACAUAUAUGUAUAUUUGUACGUUUUUAUCAGUUGGUUCCUUUGGGUUUUUAUUAUUAUCAUUCAGUUUAUGUUUAUUUUCGUUUUAUAAAUAUAUUUUUGUUCUUUCCUUC